AUGCCUCUGACUAGUCCUGACUUAGCGAAAUCUGCUGCGUGGCAGGCGGGUCGCCUAUACCCAGAGCAGACUAGUGUGGACCCAGAACAUCUCCAGAACAAGUCCGACGCCCGAGGUUAUAGGUCACUAACGGCAGUUUAG